AUGAUCCUGGGAGCCAUCGCCCUGGCUGCCCUGCUGAGCCCCCAUGGAACUGGGGCCGUGAGGGUGGGCCACGUGUCAAUGUAUGCCGAGUUUGUCCAGACACACAGACCCUCCGGGGAGUGCAUAUUUGAGUUUGAUGAGGAUGAGCAGUUCUAUGUGGACCUGGAUAAGGAGACUCUCUGGCAUCUGCCAGAGUUUAUUCAUGCCUUUGACUAUGAUGCUUGGAGGGGUAUUGCUGACAUCGUCGUGGCAAAGAAGAACCUGAAUACCCUGAUCCAACGGUCAAACCACACCAGGGCCACAAAUGAGGCACCUGAGGUGACUGUGUUACCCAAGGAGCCUGUGGAGCUGGGACAGCCCAACACCCUCAUCUGUCAUGUGGACAAGUUCUUCCCACCUGUGCUCAAUGUCACAUGGCUGCGCAAUGGGCAGAUGGUCACCGAAGGUAUAGCUGAGACCAUCUUCCUGCCCAGCACAGAAUUCAGAUUCCACAAGUUCCACUACCUAACCUUCCUUCCCAUGGCUGAAGACGUCUAUGACUGCAAGGUGGAGCACUGGGGCCUGGACCAGCCGCUCCUUCAGCACUGGGAGGCCCAGGAGCCAAUCCAGGUGCCUGAGAUGAAGGACAGUGUGGUCUGUGUCCUGGGCCUGGUGGCAGGUGUGGUGCGCAUCAUCACUGGCAUCAUUGUCCUGAAGACCAGGCGCUCAGGUCAUGAU